AUGAUCACGAAUAGGGAUUAUUCUAUCAAUCUAUCGGCGCAGCAAGUGCUGAGCCUCUGGGUGCAAGGCACGACGCUGCAACAUUUCACAGAGAUGUGGUACUGGGUGUUCCUGUGGUGUCUUUUCUCCUCGCUCUUCGUCCACGGGGCAAUGGGCCUGCUCAUGUUAGUCAUGCUGCAGCGCCACAAGAGGGGUCGCCUCAUCACCCUGGUCCUGGUCAGCGUGGGCUUCCUGGCCUCCUUGGCCGGUGGGGUCAUCACCAGUGCGGCCGUGGCAGGGGUGUAUCGUGUGGCAGGGAAGGACAUGGCCCCCCUCCAGGCCCUGGUGUUUGGAGUGGGCCAGACCACACUGUCUGUAGUCAUCUCCUUCUCACGUAUACUGGCCACUCUCUGAAGAGAUGACUCUGCUACACGGACAGACUCACUGAUGAACAGACACACAAGAGAGGAAGAGAGGAGAGAGGAAAGCGGAAGGAAGGGACAUGUCCGAUAGACCGGGGUUCACAUCCCACCAGUUACACAAGCAGUGACGGACAGCAACAGAGCCAAUGGGUGGCAGUUAACUGCAUGUAGUAUUUGAAGGAAAACAAACAUAGUCAAAUAGAAGAGAAGAGAAGAAGAUGGUGUCCUAGUCCUAGACGUCUAGACAUUUGGGGAUGGAUGAAUGUGGAAGAG